AAUAAUUCAAAAGAAAUCGUUUAAUAAAUAUAAUCAUUUAACUUUAGUAUUUAAAAUUUUAAAGAUUGAACAAACGCAAAGAAAUAAUUAUGAUCAAUACUUUAUUAGAGCAUGUGCCCAUCAAAAUGGAAACUAAAGAUACACCAGCAUUAAAAAUAGUGGCAGCGAAAGAAAUAACCGAAGGCCAAAAAAGUUCGGUGGCUGCACCCAGUAUUCCCUUGACAAUGACCGGUGAAGAUGAUGACGUAGAAAAUUUGGAUGAAGAAGAGGAAGAAGAUGAUGAGGAAGAUGAUACGGAAAGUGAUGUCUUAGAAGAGGAUGAGGCUACUUUGAUAAUUAGCAGCGAUGAAGAAGCUGAAUUGGAGGCGCAACGUAUACGUUUUGAGGAAAUAUUAAAUAAAAAUAUUUUACAAAGCACAAAAAAUCCAACAAAAAGACUGAGCAGGCGCAGCGAUUCCAACACAAAUGUAUUUAUAAAUGAAGAGAACGAGAAGCAGCUACAAAAGGAACAAAACAAAACAGACAAUCAAUUAAGUGAAGAAAAAAAAAUUGCUGAAAAUAAGGCAACAGACCCCAGUGUCAAAACAACAGAUACAAAUACAAGCACAGUUAAUAAUGAUGACAAAAACAAUGAAAUGCAUAAAAGAUUAAGUACUAAUGCCAUUUCCAGCGUAACCCCCGAUUUAGCAACAGGUUCCAAUGAAACUGAAUCCUGCGGCCUUGUAUAUUUACACCGUUCACAGCAAAAGUUAAUAUUUAAUUGUAAAGCCUGUCAAUUGUCCUAUGCGGAUUUGGAAAGAUUUGGCCGACAUUUACACGAAAGCCAUCAACUUUUCACAUUAGACUGUGAUGAACAAGAAAAAGAGAAUUCGCCACGUAAUUUGCACGCCUCCAAGACAAAUCCCAAUGUGAAAAAAGAACCUUUGCCUACUAAUGGACAAAGGGUUGCCGCCCUGCCCGAAAUUAAUGAACCUUUAGAAGCCUGCGGUAAUAUUUGCGUUUUAAAUCGUUGCAAACUAUUGCUGAAUUGCAUUUCGUGUGAGUGUAAAUACGAUAAAAUGGAUUUGCUCGAAAAUCACUUACGGCAACAGCAUCAUCUGUUUGAUAGUCCAUCUCCACCUUCUGUUGCUACUGCGGCUGGUCCCAAAAUGGAAAUGCAGGAGGAAGUCUUUAUUAUAACAGAAGUCGUUGAGUCACCAACAUUCAUUUUGCCCGAUGCAGUCGUAAUGUUGCCCACGGAAGGUGACAUAAAUAUGGACACUGUCGAAGUGAUUACAAAUCUUAGGCUGGAGGACGCUGAAGUUAUUCAGACGUCGACACAUGACCAUAUUGAAAAAAAAGAGGAAGAUAAUGAAAAUGUUGAAAAAAGUAAAACAAUACUGUCUAAAAAUUUAGCAAAACGUCGAGGUCGAGGUCGACCACCUAAGGGAGGAAAAUUGUUGAAAGCGCCCAUGAAGCCGAAGAUGGCUGCGAUUGGCAAAAAAGAACCUAAAAACCUUCAGCAAACCUUAAGACGUUUAUUGGAAGAGACAGAGGAAGAUAAUCAAAAAGUAGCAAAACCAAAAUCUAUUGGCGCUAAACGAGGACGUAAAAGUAAUAAGACGCAGAAAGGUAAUGAAACAAAGCCGGAGGUGUUCGACGAAACUGCGAAAGAUAAGAACGUUGAAACGGUAACAGAAACUAAAAAAUCGACGACUGCCACUGAGUCAACAUUAGAUAAGGAUGUGGCAGCAACUGAGGAUGCGAGUUCGGUUAAUGAGGUGAUCACGCUAAUUUAUAACUCGUUGACAGAUGGAACGCGAGAAGAAUCUGCUGCUGGUACGUAUAUAUUACCCCAUGAGAUUGUACCGCCUGAAAGUGCACCAAAACGUUUUCCUUGCGAUCAAUGUGAACGUUCUUUCAAUAAAUCGUCGCGUCUUAUCGAACAUAAGCGAUUGCAUACCGGUGAGAAACCAUUUGCUUGCGACGAAUGUCCCAAACGUUUUCGGAUUAAAAUGCGACUGAAUGAGCAUAAGAUGCGUCAUCGGGUGGAUAAAAAGUAUAAAUGCGAGGUCUGCAAUUUAGGUUUGUCGACAAAGCAAGAUUUAACUUUGCAUAUGCGUCAUCAUGCUGGCGAUCGUCGCUAUCAAUGCACAGAAUGUCCGAAAGCAUUUGUACGUAGCUCAGAUUUAAAAAUUCAUGUACGAAUACACACAGGCGAAAAACCGUUUGCCUGCGAUAUUUGCAAUAAAUGUUUUAGAGCCAAUCAAAAUCUUAUCGUACACAAACGCUCUCAUAUGGGCGAUGAUUGCAAAACUUAUCAAUGCGAUCGUUGUGAGAAACGAUUCAUGCGCAAUAUUGAUCGUAAAGUUCACAUGCGCACCCAUACGGGCGAGAAACCUUAUAAAUGUGAAAUAUGCCAGAAACCUUACUCGUCACGCGUACAUGUCCGCGCCCAUAUUGAAAGGGAACAUUGCACUAUCGAGGAGGGUCAGGCUAAGAAAGUGAAAAAGAAGAGAGGUCCAAAACCGAAGGCCUUACAUGAAGAAUUAGAAAAGCAAAAGAAACUUAUUGAAGAGCUUCAGGCGCAACUGCAAGCACAAAUGAAACAUGAUGAACCAUUGAUUAUAGAAGCUGAUGCAGAUAUUUGCGACAAUGCUAUAAAUAAGCCAGAACCUUCCAGUACACCAAAUUCCCCACCCAUUGUAAGUGAUACAACCGGUGUAAAAGGUAAUAAUGCUGCAGCCGUCUUACCACCGUUAACAAUAACGCAAAAAAUUGAUCAACAUUCCCCCAACUCACCACAGAAAGUAGUUAAUCAGAAAACUUCACUAGGCAUACAACAGGUCUCCGUGACUGUGUCGAUGCAAGUGGAGAAUGUGCCGCAAACGACAACAACAACUAUGGAAAAAGAAAAUGCAUCUAAAAUAAAUUUAAAUACACCAACACCAACGACUGUUAAAAAAGAACGAAAGAUCACUAGCUAUUUCACCGUCAUAGGUCAAAAGAGUAAUGUUUGAAUACUGCUUUAAUUGCUAUUCGCAGAAAGACAUCUUUCAUCUUUCUCCGCAAAAUGGUACGUUACACUUUACUUAUUGUAAUUGUUGUGUGUUGUAUCCUCUCAUAAAAUAAUUGGGGAAAAUCAAAAGGAAUUUUUCGAAAACACUCCAGAUUUUUCGUUUCAUAAAAGUUUUUCUAUUCCCGUUAAUUUAUAUAAUUUUACGGAGAUCAUUUAUUUUAAUCUUUGUGCUGGCAAUCGGCCCAUGGGGCUUAUUGAUUCAGAUCAAAACGCUUUUAUAAUAUUUUAUAUAUAAUAUUUUAAUUAACGUCGACUUGAAAUUUGUAAAAAAAAUAUUGCAAUUCGGGCCGCUUAUGUAAAUGUUUAAUGUAUACAUUCAUUCACAUUGUGAAGAGGUUUACGGUCACAGUAAAUGUGCACGCACCUCCUUGAUAGCUAGGACAAGAGAUUUAUUUAUAAUAUUUAGUAAUAAAAAUGGCGAGUAAUAGUUCGAUGUUCGUCAUGGGGCUGGCAUAAUGCUUCUUCUUUUUGCUUAAAUUUAAUCCGAAGAAGGGGAAAAAGAAAAAGGAGGAUAAGCAGAGAUAGAAAUUGUAGAGAGGAGAGAAAAGAGAGUAAUAUUAAUGCUUACAUAAGAAAUGUUCUAAAAUUGUAAAUUUUAAGGUUCAAAGCCUCGCAACAGGGUUUUACUUUUAUUAAUUUUAUGAAACUUAAAAUUUGUGAAUCAGAAUUAUUAUUAUUAUUAAUAUUAUUAAUAUUAUUAUUAUUUUUUAUACACGCACAUGUAAAAGCAGCGUCGAUUUUUUCGUAAGGGAAAAAAAUGAAAAUAAAAUUAAUUUAAGGAACAAAGAAAAAAAAAAAAAAAUAAUAAUAAUAAAAAUAAAAAAGAAAGACUUAAAGACUUGUAAACAUAUAAAACCUCCUUUAAUAUCCUUCCUAACUUACUUAUCUGAUAAGUUUAUACAACUCUGAGGUUGUGGGUUUCGCAAACUAAGCCAACGCAACGCUAAACCAUAAAAACACUUCCUACGGUUUACUGUAACUUUUCUUUAUAUACCGUUAACUUAUAUUUAGUUUCAUACAUAUAUAUA